AAGACACCACCAGAGGCCGUGCGGCGCUGCUGCCGCGGCGGCGGCGGCGGUGGUAGCAGUAGCCGCGGCUGCCUCCGCUGCUUUCGUUGGCGCCGCCGUUGCUACUGCUCUGCCAUCGCUUUGGUCUCCCGAGGCGCAGCAGCAAGAGCGCAGCCGCUCGAGCAGCACAGCCGCGCCAGUCAGAUAGCCUGGACCUCUGCCUCUGGGCCUGUUACCCCACCAACUAUCCAAACCGACCAACACCGACCGAGCCUGAUGUAACCACUACAACUACCGCCAUACCGUCACCGACUGUCGACUGAUGACCGUCGAUCGUCGACGCAACAAAAAAAACUCACCUGCGUAGCUUGCUCUCAUCAUCCUGAGGUUCGGGUUCCCAACCCCUUCCCCGCCCCACGCUACUAAACUCAUAUUUGUCCCGUUCAACCGAAAUAAAGAUAUCAGCAGCAGCAACAACAAGCAUUGCAGCGACCGCAGCGUCUAUAACUGCAAUAGCAUCGAAGCUAUCAAGGUUCAUUUUCAUCACUUCUGAUCGUUGUUGUUGAUAUUGUGGUGCGCCAGAGAAAAAACGAAGUUGGCCCAACGUUCCGCGCGACGUGCAGUUGCAGAGACAUACUUGAGAAAGGGGGGCAACUUCCGGGCAAAGGCAACAGCGAAGAAGACGACAACGACGACGACGAAGCAACAAUAGCAGCAGCGGUAGCGGGCGGAAUUCGUUCUAACGAGUCCAAUCUCAAUCUCAAAACGGACCACGACGAAGUUCGGCCGGCCGAUAGACAACACGGCGCCGGUCGUCCCCUUCCCCUCCCCCAAUUUUUGUCUCACUCUCGUUCUGAACGAAGAUCAGUGACUGUAUAACUCGCUACUUGUACCGGAGAACGGACAAACAUUACAGGCAUCUUAGCGGACUCGUGCAAAAGCCCGCUGCAGUCCAUGCAGCGCGUGCAGCUCAAUCUGAAACUUAACGUUAACUAUAUCAACGUCCAUUUCAACUCAGGUAGAAAAAAAGAGCACCAGAAAGAAGCGAAACGGUCUCGUGUUUUAACAGCGCCUUACGCCUUGAUUAUAUUUGAUUAGCAGCGUCGUACGGCGACCACUAUAACAACUACGGUACAUCUACUUCAUCCAGAGGCAGGCAGCACAAAUCAGCCAAGAAAUUCUGGCCCUAAGCGUAGUAUGCCACUUCUCUGACCUGCUUCUUUGGUUAUCAACCUCGUACAGACGUGACGGGCCGAGUCAAACGACUGACUAGUUUCGUGGUACGAACCACAGCAGUCACCGCCACUGCAUCAACGACCUGCACAAUUGUACCAUUUUAUUACCAGGUUCAUCGACGCAAGCAGGGUUAACACCGCGCAACAAUCGUAUGCGCGAGAAUUGACUGCACGAAAUCAUCAUCAACAACUACAAUCAUAAUGAAAGCUUCAUCGUAACUACGGUUAUCGUAAUAACAGUAAUAGGGACAGCAGUGUACUAGCCACAGUUACUACGGCAACGUGUACCAUAACCUACUUCAUCUUUUGUUUGUAGCAGCUUCCGUUUCGCCCAUUCACAACCACACAGUGAUAAACGUAUACUGACACACAGUCAUUAAUCGUCUCACACAAACACAUAAACAUUGUCGUUGUGUUUUAAGCAAGCAAGCAAACAAACCGCUACGGGUCCUGCGACGCCACUGCAACUCAUCUACGAACAAUCCCCCCUGUCAGAGAAUAGCGUCACAUCUAUCAAACGUCGUGCCGACAGGAUAUCACUGCAAGCAAAACAGUUAGCCCUCUAUCCACGGCGGAGUUCCUGCGGCCCCGACAAACAUCGACAGUACGAAGAAUACUAUAAUAAUUACAAUCACAUAACCGACAGCAUUGAAAAAAUCGCCGAUUAUCGACAGCAAGCUCGAACCAGCCAAUAUCAUUGUUACCACCGCUAACAACAAGGCUGUCAAUUACGAGAUUUUAGCAGUCACUUAGGUGGUAGCAACAGCUCAUUCAAGUGCGGCCUGAGCGUUUUUGUUGUCGUUGUUGUGCUUUUCGUAAAUUUCCCUCUUUGUCUCUUCCUCGAUCACGGAGCGAAUUAGUGACGGAACAGCCGAGCAGCGACGAGUCUCAAUUAGUCCACCCUCGAUCUAGCGAGAGCAACGGCAACAACCUGAACGGCAGCGUCGAAAGGCGACAAUAGCCGCAACAGGAGCAGCAGUAUUACACACCAGGCGCACGGAGCGGACAACAAAAACCUCGUCUGAAGGUGACGCACUCCGCCGUACAACAACAGAACAGCAAUGGACACCUCUGUUAACACACCACCGGUCACGCUGACCGUCCGCAUGAUCAUGCAAGGCAAGGAGGUCGGCAGCAUCAUCGGCAAAAAGGGCGACAACAUUAAGAAGUUCCGCGAAGAGUCUGGUGCAAAAAUCAAUAUCUCAGAUGGAACGUGUCCUGAGCGCAUCGUGACCAUCACCGGCCCGACUGAGAGCAUCCUCAAGGCAUUCUCGCUAAUCUGCGCCAAAUUCGAGGAGAUGUCCCAGUUGAAUAACGGGUCACCCACCGAUCAAGCCCUUAACGGGGUGCACGGCGUGCAAGGCAUGCAUGGGAAGCCUCUCGGGCCUGGUCAGACAGCAGCACCCGUCACGCUUCGACUGGUGGUACCAGCGUCGCAAUGCGGUUCACUUAUCGGCAAGGCCGGUUCAAAAAUCCGCGAGAUCCGUGAGCUGACGGGCGCUUCGGUGCAAGUAGCCUCGGAGAUGUUGCCCAAUUCAACAGAGCGCACCGUCACUGUGGCGGGCUGCGCAGAUGCAGUCACAAAGUGUAUCUACCAGAUCUGUUGCGUCAUGCUCGAAAGUCCGCCGAAGGGCGCCACCAUCCCAUACCGACCUAAGCCCGCCAUGCCGCCGGUCAUUUUUGCUGGAGGUCAGGCCUACACUGUCCAGGGACAGUACGCCAUUCCACAUCCUGAUCUAACAAAGCUCCACCAGCUGGCUCUACAGCAUGCUCCUCUGCUGAACCCGCCAACUUCAGCCACCGCUAAUGCAGCCGCCCUAUCUCCCCAGGUUAUGGCGGCAGCCCUCGCCGCUUUGGCUCAAAGCCAGUCGGCUGCGGGCCGUGGUGGCGUCGGUUGUGGCGGUGUGGGCGGCGGCAUGGGCGGCGCUGUAGCCGGGGUGGGGGUGGCCGGCUCACAACUCAGCGCCGUCGUUGGCGUUGGCGGCGUCGGUGGCGUGGGCGGGGUCGGAGUAGGCGGCGUCGGUGUCGGAGGCGUCGGCGUGGGCGCACCUGGCGUCGGCGGCGUGCCCGUCGCUGUUUCGUCGACGCAGGAGAUGCAAAUUCCCAAUGAUUUAAUUGGCUGUGUAAUCGGUAAAGGCGGCGCGAAGAUCAACGAGAUCCGCCAGCUGUCCGGGGCGACGAUCAAGAUCUCCAACACGGAGGAGGGCAGCAAGGAGCGCUGUGUGUCCAUCUCAGGCACCCCCGAGGCCAUCAACCUGGCCCAGUACCUCAUCAACACCAGCAUUCAAAAUGCGCAAUUACCUCUCAUCUGGAAAAAUAUGGCCGCCGCAGCCGCGGUUGCUCCCAUCAACUAAAAAACCUACGACGGCAAAAUUGGGAGUCGGACGAAACGUGCGAGUACCUCGUGACAGUGAGGACGGACUUGGCGACAUUUAACGAGGAUCAAUAUCACUACGGUUACCAUCAGACACAGACAUCUCCUCUCAACUUUCUAAAACGUUGGAUCAUCUGUACAUUUUCUUUUCUAGACCCAUACAAUGUAUAAUGUGAUGUGGCGAUGCAAUGCGACUCAUGCAAGGUACGAGGCCGUCACGGGAAGCCACUCUCUCGUUAUUGUUGCUCUCGACGAUAAUAAUCAGAGUAUCGCCGUGGACCGUUGACCGUAGGCGAUUAGCAGCAAUAUCAACCCCAACCCAAAAACCACGAAGAGAACAAUAAUAACAGCAAACAAACAGCGGAGGAACAAGUGCAAUGAUAACAAUAUUAGCCGCAACCGAAAUGAAACGAACCACAACCGGAGUCCAAUGGGAAAUAUUUGAAGCUUUAUUAACGACAACAAAAAAUGGAGAAGAGUCGCAAACGGAAAUACCGUGUAUCAACUGACUACGCAUGAAAGACAGCGGCGGCGGCGGCGGCGGCGGCGGCGGCGGCGGCGGCGACGUAAAAGCAAAAGGCUAAUAAUAAUAACAGUGAAGAACGAAAGUAGUUGAAACGGAACUGGGGCGAAGAUGAUGCGGAACUGAAAAAAAAAGUAAUAAAAAGCGAAAGGAAGCACAGGGAAAUGAAACAAAAGAACAUAAUUAUAUGUCUGUAACAAUUCUGUGAUCUAGUGGAUAGUCUCAACGUGGCGCGGGGAGAUGGACGUGCUCUAAUCUUUUACAUUGCGAUGAUGAUUAUAUUGAUUGAUGACAAAGAUACUCAAGCUUAAUACGGUGAUCAUAUAAAGAAGUACGCUUAAAAUAUAAUUGAUGACAUAAAAGAGCUAAUUAUAAUCGAUUAUAAUCGCCACUGGUAGAUUCUCCAAUCUGUGUGCCGAUAAUUUGCUCUCCGAAGAGAUUGCGAUUGCAAGAAUCUCAGUGCUAUAUGACCGCGUCGCGUUCACUGGUCGCUGAUAGAUUUUGUAUUGGUGGCUGUCUUCAAAGGAUUCCGGUAGUAUACGCUCAACGCAUUUGCUUCUCGUUCGACUAAAUAAAGUUUGCCUAGAAAAGUCAAAUGCUGUUGCCAUAAUUGAUCUAGAGAGUGUAGCAAAAUACGUCGUUGACUCAGCGGCCUUGACAUUGUCGGGCGACGAUACGGCGAUUCAAUCCUACUACCGUAUGCAUCCUGCUUUCCCCCGUGUACUACCCAUAUUAUUUACAAAUAUGCCUAUAUGUACCUUUUGUAAGGCCUAUGCUAUCUCCUUCUAUGAAAUAUAUAUGCAAGCUGCUAUAUGCUCAUUGCACUAUUGUAUUAUGCUUUAGGCAGUUGUUGUUGACUCCUAGCUACCGCUAUACUAUCUAGUGAACUUGAAACGCAUCGAACCUUAGGCUAACGGCGACACGGUAACUACGCCUGGCGACACGGUCACUACGCCUGGCCACCUGUUUAACUCCUAGCUUCAUCUUGCUUUCGCACACCCUGACCCAGUUCUUGAUACAAGCUGACACCAGAUCGUCACUAUCUGCCAGUAUCACUGUAUGUUAACCACAGUAUGUCUAACGGAUGAUUACGGGGAUGUGUGGCGGUGUCCGCCUCUCCCUUCUCUCUAAAUGGCAAACCAGCAUUGAUACGUCCAGCGAUUUCUAUUAAUAUUCAGUUAUUGUUAUCCCGUAGUUUGACGAUGUCGGAAUAGAUGUCAGCGGAUACCCUCACGGGAUCGUUUGCGAAACGAUCCUUCGGAUGCCCUGUGUCGCGUCUACCCGCCAGACAAAAUCAUUGUUCUUCUUGACGUAACCUCACAUUUACUAGGCAACAAAUACAACUGGUUGACGGAACUCAUGUAUCAGUAGGUCGUUAUAUGACAACUAUUAUAAGCUUGUACUCUUUGCCCCGGUGCAAUACCAUCCCCCGCGCUUACGAGCCUAUUCUAGUCAGCUUUUCUUCUGAGAUCAGGGCAUUUACAAAGUCUAUAAUAAGAAUGAAAUAUUUAAAUGUAUGAACUGAUGACAAUAAUAUGACAUGAUUAUGUGAAUAGCGUGACGAGGAUGGUGACUAUACGUGUGGAAAUAUUGAUAAGAAGACCUGUCAUACGAACGACUGAUAAUUUAUUUGAUCAGUUUCUAAUUAAUUACCGUUGUUAUUAUUAUAACGAUGCAGCACCGUGCUUACUGAUGUGCUGUCGUGCGCAAAAUGCACGUAGCCACGCAAAUAGAUUGAUAUUGAUCGAAGUGACGAUAAUAAAGGGCAAGAAAGGAACACAACUCGAAAAGUAGCAUAAGCUCGGAAAAUAAGGACAGGAAUUUACAAUAUGUAUGACGAGACAGUAUACAUAUAUAUACACAUACUAUUCCUAUUAUAAUUAUUUUUCAACCGGCGAUCUAUCCAUCCAGCCACCCAGCCAGUACCGUUAUAUUAUAGAGUGCAUGUGAAGAAGCCACCACGCAGCGUAGGAACAUGUUUACGGGCAGAAAAUUAUGUUAAGCUGUGAUUAGAAGUAGCUAACAAGGAAUUCGUAUAACGAGUGAGUUAGUAGUUGUUCUUUGAAUCAAUCGUGCCCCAAUUAUAUUCGAACUAAUGGCUCAAGCCAUUGUAUUAAGAUAGGCAUAUUGUUACUGUGUGGUGUUAGUAAAUACUGCAAUAGAAUAAUAGCGAACACCGUGAAAAGUGUACAAUUAUAUAAACAGCAGCAAAAAAAAUUACUUCAAGCGCGUGUUGAAAGCGGUAGCGUUAAAAUUGCGACAAGUUCCUUUAAUCGUCUCAAAAUGUUUUGUUCAUUCGAAAAAUGGCGCCCACAGAUACGCAGAUGGGCAUGCGUCGACAAAAGCGGGCAGACAGAAUAAAUACAGGCGCGCAAAUGAAAUCAAGCGGUGUCGCCUGUGGACAUAAUAGUGAUUGGCAUGAAAAUCGAGGUAUAGCUCUAUGGUACAAUGCCGUUGACUCAACAACCGUAAAAGUUUUCAUAACGUGCACGUCAAUCGAACAGAAAUACUAGUGCGGGCAAUAAUAAUACCUAAGAAAUCAUUCAUAUGUGAAUACACAAGGUGAUAUAUCAUACUCUGGACUUGUAAUGAUAUUGUAAUAAUACUAUUAACGAUAUGUCUAUAAGCAUCGGCGAAGCUAGCGCCACGGUUGAACCAAUCGUAGUACAGGAUGGUAAACAUAACUGAUUGCGUUGCAUAAGCGUUGUGACCUCGGAAAAAAUGCUGGUAGAUCAGACGUAACUGAGAACGCAGUAAGUGGACAAACGGGAUGCGUGAUCAGCCCCGCCAUAUAACUGUUCUUACGAUGUUACCCAAACAACUGAUCCUCGUAGACUUCGAAGGCUUAUGUCAAACGAAGAUGGUGAUUGUCGAUGUUAACUUUCUUACUUGUCUCAAAAAGAUUAUGGUAAUAGUUAGAAAAGUAAUCGAUCGAUAUCAACAACAGCGGUAGCAUAAUAAUAGUGAUAUAACAAAAUUAAGAUGGAAGUGUGCAGUCGAAAAGCAUAAUUGUGUUCGAGUGUAACAAUUCAGUUGAUACAUGGGCGGCCAAGUAGGCCCGACGGCACUUUUUCAACAUAUCGCGUAUUGUUCCAACGUACUGAGGAGCGUCACGGGGCAAUUUAUUUAAUAUACAUGCGUACACGAACAUAUCAUCCAUCUCUAGGAAGGAGACGAGCGCAACGUCCCCGAACAGGGUUGCCUUCUUUCGCGAUAAAAUGCAGGCAUAUCAUUUCGUCACCUCCUUCCCUUUCAGGGUAUUAGCGAUCAGCGUGUGAUCCACGCCGAUCGCCGGGGAGUUGGGGCGACGUCGAGAAGCUGCGCAUUCUUAGGGCUCAGCGCUCAUUUCAUGCAUUGCGUUGCAUGCACAGCUCGUAGAAGUCUGGGCAUGUACUCGCGCACGGUAUAAUCGUUGGUCUAGCAACACUGACCGUAUAUAUACAAUGACGACGGGAUUUGAGAACGAUGGAGCGAACGAGUAAAGAGCUUGGAAUUGAUGAGGUAAUCAUAGACAAAGCGAAUGGAAAAAGGCAGUCGAUUAUAGGGUCAUGAUAGAAUGGAGGCAAUCGCGGUGAUCAAGGAUAGAAGGACGACGACGACGACGACGACGACGACGAUGAUGAAAUUCAGCCAAAUAUUCUUCGGCAUUAGGGCGACAAGGCGGUACCUGAGCAGUUUUUAGCUAAGGUCAAGCCUCGUCCGCUUUGCAACACAACAAAACAAAACAAAAUAAUUGACAAAAAAGCCAAAAUGUCUUAGGAGAUGACGAUGGACGAUGAUAACGCAGGGAAAUUUUAUGGGUUUAGGCUUUAGUCGGUGCGAUAUGAAGGAGUCUUAGAUUCUAAACGACAAUUAGAGGUGAUGUCGACAGACAUUUACACAUAUUCAUGCUGCAGUGACACAAAAAUACAGGACAUUAGCUGUCAUCAGGGUUCGUGACAAAAAAGAGAUACACUAAUUACAAGAAGAACUAAUUAUUCCUGUGACAAAAAUUGUGUAGGACACCGAGCUGAACAUUUACUAAUUCGAAAAAGCGACUGAUAUUAUCUGCUGUUUAAUGGGUUAGUCAUGAGACUCCGAAGUGAAACCCACGCUAUUCGGCUGGUCCUGAAAAAUAUAAUUCCCAAUUAAGUAUAGUAGAUUAUACUCUACACAGGAAAUUCAGCAAUAUUUAGAUGGUGUCCUUGUCGCUCUCUGAACGAAAGUAUGCGAAACUAACUAGUUCUCCUUCACACAAACUUGGGACGUAAUAUAUAUAUAUAUAUAUAUACAUACAUAUAUAUAUAUAUAUAUAUAUAUAUAUAUAUAUAUAUAUACAUACAUAUAUAUAUAAAUCAAGGAAGUGAAAGUGUGAGCGAAAGGAAGCGUGUAAAAGUGCGUGAGAAAUAGCGAGUGUGUGCGAAGUAAACCAAAAUAUUGCUAAAUUGUAACGUGUACGUGUAAAAAGAGCUGCGAGAUGGAUAAAUAAUAGUAACCCACCUAACGCGAAGGCAAAGAAAGGUGACUGGGUAAAGUGCAACGCGGACGAAAUUAACACACUACGUGCGCGGCCAUGCCGGAUGUAGUAGCGUAAGAAACUGAUGAUAACAGAUAGACAAAGAGAUAAGAAGAAAAUUACGAUUAUUGUAAGAAAUACUAAAGGAGGAUAUAAUCCGUGUGGAAGGCACGCACUUGCCAGCGAUCAAACUAAUCCUUAUUGCUAGCGACGAGUUAUUUAUUCUAGAAAUAAAAACGAGUCUUUAAUCUAAUCUUAUAUCUUAUUGAAGAAGCAGAGACAAAGAAUUCUUCGAUUCUAACAUACAAAUACACUCACCGUUAACAUCACGGGGCAAGCGGGUCGAAAACUGGGACUUCCAUAUGAAUGUACGGUGAAUCUGCUAUUGACAACGGCGAUAAUGGAGAUGAUCAUUUUUGUCGUUAUGACUACUAUAAUAUCAAAUGGUAAAUAUCUCUCUACCCAUAUAAAAUACUAUCGAAGAUGAUGGAAUUACCACAAGGAUUUUCUUCAUGCCGAUUAUGAUCAUGACGAAACAUUUCUGUAACCGAUUCCGGUUGCUCCUUCUAUGUUCUUUGUAUUCAAUACAUCCACUCCUUCUCUCGUACCGUACCAAAAAACAUAUAUGUUUCACAUACAGACACAGACACACACCACAAACACACACACACACACACACACACACACACACACUCACGUAGACAUAUACAAACAUACACAGACACAACCUGACACAAACAUCACAUACAUGCCAUCUGAUAGUAAAAUGAUUAAUAACACACAAAACGUCAUUCUAAAGAUGAACCCACUGCGGUUACUUGAGGCCGUGGGGUAUUACGUAUUUAAAGAUUCCUCCAGUAGUAGAUUUAUGAUGAAUAUAUCUCUUCGUAUUUUGAACUUGGCGGUGCUCAGGGUAGGGAGAGACGUCAUUCAUUUCCGCCGAGUGGCCUCGCCCGAACGGAACGUCUACAGAAACUGAAUAGAGGGAAACAAAAAAAAAACGAAUAAAAGCAUUGCUGAUGAGAAGAAACCGUGGAAAGUCGCCCUUAGCGGCAGUUCCGAUUGCUAAUACCCCCUUGCAGGCGCCGAUUACCGAUACCGCUGCAACCUAACGAAAACCUAACCAGAUUUUUCGUCUGGCCUCUGUUAGGACUCUAACAAAGUAGAAAAAGGCGAUUAUCAACCCGAACACGGGAAUGGCUCGAAGAUGGUUAAAGCUACUAUAGGUAGGUCCCUCAAGCGAUCUAUCCUGCAGUAAGAGGCGUCAAGUAAGGGUAGUGAUAGGUACAUUUCCGCGACAGUUUCUUGACGUACCUCAGGGACGGCGCCGACGGAAACUCGGUUCAGCCCGUCACUCCUACGGCGAAAUACACCGCCGCGCGUGUCACAACAAUAACAAACUUGCAAUAUAAUAACAACUAUUAUAAACAUUAAUAUCUAUUGUGGUCGUCAGCCGAUGGAAUGAUCAUUAGUGGGUCAUCGUCAAUCUCAAUUGCAUUGCACUGAUAUGGCUAUUCUGUUAUCAUGACGAAAACGCGCAACAAAUCACGUGUUUGUUGGACACCUUAGAAAAACUUGUUGUUAUUAUUGGCAAUAAUGAUACUAAUUAUAGGAAAGCAUUACCAAAUUUACAAAAACAAUAACAGCAAACCAGUUAGUAAACAAGCACACUGAGACGAAGUCGCCACGGCAGCAACAGAAGCAGGAGUAAGCUAACAAUAUACAUGAGAGGCGUGCAAAUAACCUUACAAAUCGCAAACGUACAUGCUCGGCUGGGUAGCAGAGUAGCCGAUAUAGUAACAGCGUGCAAAGAAGGGAAAUAUUCGCCUUCUAGAUGCAGUUCGUCGCACCCGGUUGCGCCGCGUAAAAACACGAUCGUGGGCCGCUGUUGAAGCGGUAAACAUAUCGAGGAAAAUUAUUGAUGGACGAGCGCAGAGUGGGAGGGUAGUCGACCUAGCAGUAGACAAACAGGUCCCGUCGACUCGAUAGGGAAACAGGCGGUUCUUAACGAGACACCAGACGGAUCUGUACAGUAAGGAAAAAGGCGGCACAAGAAAUUAAGGAAUAAAUUCUACCUUCAGUCUUUUGCUGUGUGAAAACGACAAAAAACAUUGGAAUAUUGAUAACAAUGAUGAUGUGAUCGAUGAGAGACAACUGAUGAUUGAUACAAGCCGUGUAUAAGAUGGUUAAUAGUUGAUUGCACUAAAAACGAAACAUAUCAUCCGCUAGUUAUGGUAAUGAUGGGACUAGGGAAGCUACUAUGUGAUUAUUGUGCUGGGAAACGGUGAAAGCAGGUAGUCAAGCUCGGCUCAAUUCGAUCUUGUUGGCCCAGAUGCCGCCCAUCUAUCGCAGUGUGAUGAUGAGCGUUGUACACGAUCACGGCGGGACCGAGCACGCGGUGUUGUUUCUAUAGCGAUUGUGUUUGCGAUGAGAUUUCUGUUCGGCGGUAGAACUGCAUGUAACUCUAUCAGAUCAUUUAUUUAUAUUAAAUAUUGAACUGUGCUAUUAUCGAUCAACUGAAAUGGGCCGGUGGUUUCUGCGGGAAUCGACGCAACACGUGUCGCCGUGACGAAAAGGAUUAAGCCUUUUAUUUUCAACACUCUGUCGUAUUAUUCGUUACGCUAUUCUACGAGCUAGUCUGUUUAAUAAUAUGGAUAGCAGUUAGUGUAUGCGUGCGCGACUGCCUAUGAUCAUGUUUGCCCGUAAUGCUGGAUUUAUCAUAUGAAACAAUCUUCAACAGCGUCAAUAUCUGUCUCAAUAAGAAAUAUACGACGACUCGUCGACUGUCGCCUCAUAAAAUGAGAUGGAACAAUAACAACAGGAAAAGCAGACACAACAGAACGCAAAACUUAAAUAGACGGAAAAAAUAGAUCAAGAAAUAAAACGCCAAAAAUUUUGAGCGAUUAUUAUAUUAAUAUUACUAAAAAUAUUAUUAUUAUUAUUAUUAUUAUAUAGUCAAAUGCUAUUUACAGUUAAUAUUUCUAAUAAAGUAUUAUCAAGGUGGAAUCUAAGCUAAGUUGUGUUUAUUCGUUGAAUUACUGUGAGUGUUAUAUGCAACGCUGUAAGGGUUUGAUAGCGGCUCUAUUCAUUCGACUGUCGGAAGAAACUAUUUUUUGAGAACUGCGUGUUGAUAACAGGACACUCUGUGUUUGUUAAGGCAUAGGUAAAUCGAGGCGUCUUGAAACUGUGGACGGCCAUGUCACGUUCGUGAAGUGUGAUACCGAUGAUUAGGUCGAAUGGCCGCCUACAUAACAGUAUCCAGUAAAAAAGAAACUGAUGGAAUACUAAAUGAGCGACAGGCAAAUCGAAUGAACAAUUUCAGACCAUUCCUACGGCAAGACGUGAACGCUAUUUGCAACACAGUAGAGCUUCAUACGAGUAGACAGAUCUGUUGAGUGCCUUCAGGGCGAAUUCAUCUCGCAGAUCAGCAUACAUGUUUCUUUGGAGGCAUUUGUGCCGAUUCGUGAUUGAUGUUGAAGGUUUUCACCGUGAAAGGCUUCUGGCCCUUGCGUUUGCUACAAGUUCAUGAGAGAAGACAUCAGUCCCUCAGGAAAGCAGAUUCAACUAAUGUCAACCAUGUAUUUCUAACUUGUCUCAUUCCCGCUAUGGACAAGCCAAAGUACAUCCCGUCAGAAACAACAGAUCAGACAUCUGUCACAAUAGCGUAUUCUCUAAUUCUACCACUGCUUGUUGUAUUCUUUUAUAUUGCAUAUAUUUAGGGACCCCAGGUGAGUUUUACCAUUCCAGAGCAAUCGGUGUCUGUUGGUACUGUCGCUGUCGUUCAUGGUUCCGCAUGUACCGCGGUCCUGAGGACACGUUUUUAACUAGACACAAUUUAAUUUCAACAUUAUACAGGAUAGGUGUACGACUGGAUACCUAGAUUCAGUCGUAUGUACGCUAUUAAAUUCGAUACGUAUAAAAAUAUAAGUGCUAAUAAUUGAUUCCAUUAUGCUUGUUAUGUUUUGAAUCUUGCAGCAUUCAAAAUGCGCAAUUACCUCUCAUCUGGAAAAAUAUGGCCGCCGCAGCCGCGGUUGCUCCCAUCAACUAAAAAACCUACGACGGCAAAAUUGGGAGUCGGACGAAACGUGCGAGUACCUCGUGACAGUGAGGACGGACUUGGCGACAUUUAACGAGGAUCAAUAUCACUACGGUUACCAUCAGACACAGACAUCUCCUCUCAACUUUCUAAAACGUUGGAUCAUCUGUACAUUUUCUUUUCUAGACCCAUACAAUGUAUAAUGUGAUGUGGCGAUGCAAUGCGACUCAUGCAAGGUACGAGGCCGUCACGGGAAGCCACUCUCUCGUUAUUGUUGCUCUCGACGAUAAUAAUCAGAGUAUCGCCGUGGACCGUUGACCGUAGGCGAUUAGCAGCAAUAUCAACCCCAACCCAAAAACCACGAAGAGAACAAUAAUAACAGCAAACAAACAGCGGAGGAACAAGUGCAAUGAUAACAAUAUUAGCCGCAACCGAAAUGAAACGAACCACAACCGGAGUCCAAUGGGAAAUAUUUGAAGCUUUAUUAACGACAACAAAAAAUGGAGAAGAGUCGCAAACGGAAAUACCGUGUAUCAACUGACUACGCAUGAAAGACAGCGGCGGCGGCGGCGGCGGCGGCGGCGGCGGCGGCGGCGACGUAAAAGCAAAAGGCUAAUAAUAAUAACAGUGAAGAACGAAAGUAGUUGAAACGGAACUGGGGCGAAGAUGAUGCGGAACUGAAAAAAAAAGUAAUAAAAAGCGAAAGGAAGCACAGGGAAAUGAAACAAAAGAACAUAAUUAUAUGUCUGUAACAAUUCUGUGAUCUAGUGGAUAGUCUCAACGUGGCGCGGGGAGAUGGACGUGCUCUAAUCUUUUACAUUGCGAUGAUGAUUAUAUUGAUUGAUGACAAAGAUACUCAAGCUUAAUACGGUGAUCAUAUAAAGAAGUACGCUUAAAAUAUAAUUGAUGACAUAAAAGAGCUAAUUAUAAUCGAUUAUAAUCGCCACUGGUAGAUUCUCCAAUCUGUGUGCCGAUAAUUUGCUCUCCGAAGAGAUUGCGAUUGCAAGAAUCUCAGUGCUAUAUGACCGCGUCGCGUUCACUGGUCGCUGAUAGAUUUUGUAUUGGUGGCUGUCUUCAAAGGAUUCCGGUAGUAUACGCUCAACGCAUUUGCUUCUCGUUCGACUAAAUAAAGUUUGCCUAGAAAAGUCAAAUGCUGUUGCCAUAAUUGAUCUAGAGAGUGUAGCAAAAUACGUCGUUGACUCAGCGGCCUUGACAUUGUCGGGCGACGAUACGGCGAUUCAAUCCUACUACCGUAUGCAUCCUGCUUUCCCCCGUGUACUACCCAUAUUAUUUACAAAUAUGCCUAUAUGUACCUUUUGUAAGGCCUAUGCUAUCUCCUUCUAUGAAAUAUAUAUGCAAGCUGCUAUAUGCUCAUUGCACUAUUGUAUUAUGCUUUAGGCAGUUGUUGUUGACUCCUAGCUACCGCUAUACUAUCUAGUGAACUUGAAACGCAUCGAACCUUAGGCUAACGGCGACACGGUAACUACGCCUGGCGACACGGUCACUACGCCUGGCCACCUGUUUAACUCCUAGCUUCAUCUUGCUUUCGCACACCCUGACCCAGUUCUUGAUACAAGCUGACACCAGAUCGUCACUAUCUGCCAGUAUCACUGUAUGUUAACCACAGUAUGUCUAACGGAUGAUUACGGGGAUGUGUGGCGGUGUCCGCCUCUCCCUUCUCUCUAAAUGGCAAACCAGCAUUGAUACGUCCAGCGAUUUCUAUUAAUAUUCAGUUAUUGUUAUCCCGUAGUUUGACGAUGUCGGAAUAGAUGUCAGCGGAUACCCUCACGGGAUCGUUUGCGAAACGAUCCUUCGGAUGCCCUGUGUCGCGUCUACCCGCCAGACAAAAUCAUUGUUCUUCUUGACGUAACCUCACAUUUACUAGGCAACAAAUACAACUGGUUGACGGAACUCAUGUAUCAGUAGGUCGUUAUAUGACAACUAUUAUAAGCUUGUACUCUUUGCCCCGGUGCAAUACCAUCCCCCGCGCUUACGAGCCUAUUCUAGUCAGCUUUUCUUCUGAGAUCAGGGCAUUUACAAAGUCUAUAAUAAGAAUGAAAUAUUUAAAUGUAUGAACUGAUGACAAUAAUAUGACAUGAUUAUGUGAAUAGCGUGACGAGGAUGGUGACUAUACGUGUGGAAAUAUUGAUAAGAAGACCUGUCAUACGAACGACUGAUAAUUUAUUUGAUCAGUUUCUAAUUAAUUACCGUUGUUAUUAUUAUAACGAUGCAGCACCGUGCUUACUGAUGUGCUGUCGUGCGCAAAAUGCACGUAGCCACGCAAAUAGAUUGAUAUUGAUCGAAGUGACGAUAAUAAAGGGCAAGAAAGGAACACAACUCGAAAAGUAGCAUAAGCUCGGAAAAUAAGGACAGGAAUUUACAAUAUGUAUGACGAGACAGUAUACAUAUAUAUACACAUACUAUUCCUAUUAUAAUUAUUUUUCAACCGGCGAUCUAUCCAUCCAGCCACCCAGCCAGUACCGUUAUAUUAUAGAGUGCAUGUGAAGAAGCCACCACGCAGCGUAGGAACAUGUUUACGGGCAGAAAAUUAUGUUAAGCUGUGAUUAGAAGUAGCUAACAAGGAAUUCGUAUAACGAGUGAGUUAGUAGUUGUUCUUUGAAUCAAUCGUGCCCCAAUUAUAUUCGAACUAAUGGCUCAAGCCAUUGUAUUAAGAUAGGCAUAUUGUUACUGUGUGGUGUUAGUAAAUACUGCAAUAGAAUAAUAGCGAACACCGUGAAAAGUGUACAAUUAUAUAAACAGCAGCAAAAAAAAUUACUUCAAGCGCGUGUUGAAAGCGGUAGCGUUAAAAUUGCGACAAGUUCCUUUAAUCGUCUCAAAAUGUUUUGUUCAUUCGAAAAAUGGCGCCCACAGAUACGCAGAUGGGCAUGCGUCGACAAAAGCGGGCAGACAGAAUAAAUACAGGCGCGCAAAUGAAAUCAAGCGGUGUCGCCUGUGGACAUAAUAGUGAUUGGCAUGAAAAUCGAGGUAUAGCUCUAUGGUACAAUGCCGUUGACUCAACAACCGUAAAAGUUUUCAUAACGUGCACGUCAAUCGAACAGAAAUACUAGUGCGGGCAAUAAUAAUACCUAAGAAAUCAUUCAUAUGUGAAUACACAAGGUGAUAUAUCAUACUCUGGACUUGUAAUGAUAUUGUAAUAAUACUAUUAACGAUAUGUCUAUAAGCAUCGGCGAAGCUAGCGCCACGGUUGAACCAAUCGUAGUACAGGAUGGUAAACAUAACUGAUUGCGUUGCAUAAGCGUUGUGACCUCGGAAAAAAUGCUGGUAGAUCAGACGUAACUGAGAACGCAGUAAGUGGACAAACGGGAUGCGUGAUCAGCCCCGCCAUAUAACUGUUCUUACGAUGUUACCCAAACAACUGAUCCUCGUAGACUUCGAAGGCUUAUGUCAAACGAAGAUGGUGAUUGUCGAUGUUAACUUUCUUACUUGUCUCAAAAAGAUUAUGGUAAUAGUUAGAAAAGUAAUCGAUCGAUAUCAACAACAGCGGUAGCAUAAUAAUAGUGAUAUAACAAAAUUAAGAUGGAAGUGUGCAGUCGAAAAGCAUAAUUGUGUUCGAGUGUAACAAUUCAGUUGAUACAUGGGCGGCCAAGUAGGCCCGACGGCACUUUUUCAACAUAUCGCGUAUUGUUCCAACGUACUGAGGAGCGUCACGGGGCAAUUUAUUUAAUAUACAUGCGUACACGAACAUAUCAUCCAUCUCUAGGAAGGAGACGAGCGCAACGUCCCCGAACAGGGUUGCCUUCUUUCGCGAUAAAAUGCAGGCAUAUCAUUUCGUCACCUCCUUCCCUUUCAGGGUAUUAGCGAUCAGCGUGUGAUCCACGCCGAUCGCCGGGGAGUUGGGGCGACGUCGAGAAGCUGCGCAUUCUUAGGGCUCAGCGCUCAUUUCAUGCAUUGCGUUGCAUGCACAGCUCGUAGAAGUCUGGGCAUGUACUCGCGCACGGUAUAAUCGUUGGUCUAGCAACACUGACCGUAUAUAUACAAUGACGACGGGAUUUGAGAACGAUGGAGCGAACGAGUAAAGAGCUUGGAAUUGAUGAGGUAAUCAUAGACAAAGCGAAUGGAAAAAGGCAGUCGAUUAUAGGGUCAUGAUAGAAUGGAGGCAAUCGCGGUGAUCAAGGAUAGAAGGACGACGACGACGACGACGACGACGACGAUGAUGAAAUUCAGCCAAAUAUUCUUCGGCAUUAGGGCGACAAGGCGGUACCUGAGCAGUUUUUAGCUAAGGUCAAGCCUCGUCCGCUUUGCAACACAACAAAACAAAACAAAAUAAUUGACAAAAAAGCCAAAAUGUCUUAGGAGAUGACGAUGGACGAUGAUAACGCAGGGAAAUUUUAUGGGUUUAGGCUUUAGUCGGUGCGAUAUGAAGGAGUCUUAGAUUCUAAACGACAAUUAGAGGUGAUGUCGACAGACAUUUACACAUAUUCAUGCUGCAGUGACACAAAAAUACAGGACAUUAGCUGUCAUCAGGGUUCGUGACAAAAAAGAGAUACACUAAUUACAAGAAGAACUAAUUAUUCCUGUGACAAAAAUUGUGUAGGACACCGAGCUGAACAUUUACUAAUUCGAAAAAGCGACUGAUAUUAUCUGCUGUUUAAUGGGUUAGUCAUGAGACUCCGAAGUGAAACCCACGCUAUUCGGCUGGUCCUGAAAAAUAUAAUUCCCAAUUAAGUAUAGUAGAUUAUACUCUACACAGGAAAUUCAGCAAUAUUUAGAUGGUGUCCUUGUCGCUCUCUGAACGAAAGUAUGCGAAACUAACUAGUUCUCCUUCACACAAACUUGGGACGUAAUAUAUAUAUAUAUAUAUAUACAUACAUAUAUAUAUAUAUAUAUAUAUAUAUAUAUAUAUAUAUAUACAUACAUAUAUAUAUAAAUCAAGGAAGUGAAAGUGUGAGCGAAAGGAAGCGUGUAAAAGUGCGUGAGAAAUAGCGAGUGUGUGCGAAGUAAACCAAAAUAUUGCUAAAUUGUAACGUGUACGUGUAAAAAGAGCUGCGAGAUGGAUAAAUAAUAGUAACCCACCUAACGCGAAGGCAAAGAAAGGUGACUGGGUAAAGUGCAACGCGGACGAAAUUAACACACUACGUGCGCGGCCAUGCCGGAUGUAGUAGCGUAAGAAACUGAUGAUAACAGAUAGACAAAGAGAUAAGAAGAAAAUUACGAUUAUUGUAAGAAAUACUAAAGGAGGAUAUAAUCCGUGUGGAAGGCACGCACUUGCCAGCGAUCAAACUAAUCCUUAUUGCUAGCGACGAGUUAUUUAUUCUAGAAAUAAAAACGAGUCUUUAAUCUAAUCUUAUAUCUUAUUGAAGAAGCAGAGACAAAGAAUUCUUCGAUUCUAACAUACAAAUACACUCACCGUUAACAUCACGGGGCAAGCGGGUCGAAAACUGGGACUUCCAUAUGAAUGUACGGUGAAUCUGCUAUUGACAACGGCGAUAAUGGAGAUGAUCAUUUUUGUCGUUAUGACUACUAUAAUAUCAAAUGGUAAAUAUCUCUCUACCCAUAUAAAAUACUAUCGAAGAUGAUGGAAUUACCACAAGGAUUUUCUUCAUGCCGAUUAUGAUCAUGACGAAACAUUUCUGUAACCGAUUCCGGUUGCUCCUUCUAUGUUCUUUGUAUUCAAUACAUCCACUCCUUCUCUCGUACCGUACCAAAAAACAUAUAUGUUUCACAUACAGACACAGACACACACCACAAACACACACACACACACAGCACACACACACACACACACACACAGCACACACACACACACACACACAGACACACACCUACAGAAACGGUCGAUAUUCAUCACAUGAUGAGUGUGAUCAUCGCUAUCUUUUUUUCAGACCAUUUGCAGUUGUGACCAACAAACAUACACAAUUCAUUGUUUUUUUUUCGGCGCCUUAGUACGGAGACGGGAUAUAAGUACGUUUGGCGACUGGUUCGAUUCCAAUGAAAAUAUUUAUGAUGAACUGAUAAAAAGCAGACGAACCGUUAAUGAAAACAAUGUCAACGUCCACAAUAAAAGAAAAGCCAACUAAUUAUUAUAACAGCUAGAACAACUGAAGCAUUUGCGUGACAAUUUCGUUGUUUUUUUGUAAUUAAGAUUUGACACUGAACGUAUGAAUAUUAUUAUUAUAAUACGCUUAUUGAAAAAAUAUCUAUUAACGACAUUAUUAUUGUGGAGAUGACGACGAUACGAGGGAUGGCGUUAACAUCUACUCAACUUUAGAACAACUCAAGCCGUUCAAAGGGUGUUUCGGCCAUCAAAGGCCACAUCCGUCGGCAUCUUGAAGCAAUCAUAAGUGAGAAUAAAAUAAACACACUGAUAACAAUAAUGAUGACAAUAAUUACUAUAUCAAUGGGUACAACAACAUAACAAGAACGUAACCAUAAUGCAUAAUUGCGACACUACAAACACAAACAUCAACAGCUAAAUGAUUGACAAAGAUUGCGCACGUUUUACAGAAACACAUAUUAAUACAUAAGUAAAAACAAGCUAGGUAAAAAAAUAUACAUGAUGUAUUAUCAUGAACACACACAGAGGAAUAGGCGCACACGGGCGCCACACGUGGAAGCAAAAACCAAACAGCAAAUACGUGUACUUUUACUAGUUGUGAAACAGGAGCAAGCAAGCUCGGUGACUGAAGAGGCCGAUGGAAACAAACAGAAAAAAAGAAAAACGAAAUAAAUAAAGACCACAUAAAAACAACAACAUUUUAACAUCAGUAACCUCGCUCCGAGUAUCCGAGAACACUACCCUCCUCUAGGCUGUGAUUCGGAUACAUAGGUUAAGUGACGGAACUUUGACGACGAAGAGAAUAAACAAACAGCAAAAGAAGAAGAAGCAGGAACGACGCUCAACAAGGCACAACAUCGCCUUCCACGAGGAAAGGGAGAAGCUAGAUAUGAAACAGUGAAAUACACACACGUAUACACACACACGUACGCACUGAAGGCGUCACAUGGCCAUCUGGAGACCGGAGUCGGUAAUCGCGGGGCCCCGUAUGGAACAAAGGCUUGGUACAAGGCUCCAUGCAACCUUAUCAAGUACGCAGCGGACAAAUACAAUAACUUCAAGGGGUGUAAGUUAGACAAGCACGCUAGAAAAGAAGAACGAAAGAUUAAAUACGAGAUCGUAAUUCCCUUAGUAAAGAUACGUCACAGGAGGGAGCAGAUGUACCUAAGAGGAAAUGACGUCCACGUUGUUUCCCACUGAUCAACAAACAGGCGCACAUCUCGCAAAUAUCAACCAAAAGAGGAUGUCAAACAGCAAUCUUGUCCUUCUAUAGUAAUUCACCCUACCUCUCGUACUCCUGAGACACUUUAAAGGGGCCGUCUUCCAUGGGGGGCCUUCAUCACCGACUGCGGUUUUUUUGCGCAGGGAAAAAAGGCCGACGAUGAACAAACAAACAGUCAGUCCUUGAAGGGAAAGUUAAAAUAUAACGCAACUCUAGAGCCAUGGGCGUGUACGGUGAAUGUCUGACUUGGUCUGUCAAUAAAUCGUGUUGCUCGAUUUCAA